AUGUCUGCCGACUUAUUCGCAGAAUUCGGCAUUAAUGCAACAUCUACUCAACCAUCAAAUACCUCGCGCCAGCAUACAACUCAUGCGCGCACAAGUUCUCUCAUUCCCGAUCUGGACACAUCGGAAGAUGCAGAAUUUGGCGAUUUCACGAGUCCGGCUCCGUCGGCACCUUCAAUGAGCCAGCAAACAAGACAGCCUCAAUACGACGACAAUGUAUUAUUUGAUGCGACGCUUGAGACAGCUUCGAAUGCGGAAUCUGAUGACUGGGGGGAGUUCGAGACUGCGGAGCCAUCAUCGGCUCAGCAGCAGCCGACGCGGCCUGUUCAUGCGCCAGGUCGGGUUCAGGGCCAGUCUAAGAGCUCUGAUCUUCUGUCUGGGGACUUUGAUCUAUUAUCAAUCGAGGAUAAGAAGCCACCAUCAAAACCUCAGGCAAGGAAAGCAGUGCCCAAGAAAAGCCCUCUGCCUCAAAGCAAACCCUCUUUAAAACCGCCUGAACCGCCUGAAGACGAUCCUUUUGAAGAUUGGGGAGAUUUUAAUGAUGGGCCUCCAGCUCCAAGUCCAGUCCAGCCUCGCAAAUCAGGAGCCACCCCGGCAUUGAACAAACAGCCCCCGGCGCAACCAGAAAGGAGCGCUUCACAAGCUUUCAACAAGAUCAGACAAGAAAAUGUUCCCAUAAGUCAAGUACGACCAACGAACAUCCCUCCACCCUCUGUCCUACUGGAAUUAUUCCCUCAGGUGCUGGAACAACUACGACAAGAAGCGACACAAGCCAGAAAUAACUCGCAACAGAAAGAAGUGCUCGAAACAGCAGCAGCAGCGAUUAUAUGUACCCUGAAAACAGCCGCACGAGUAAUCGCCGGCCGCACUCACCGAUGGAAGAGAGACGCCAUCCUAAGCCAGAGCAUGAGAAUCGGUCCAGCACGCUCCGGGAAAACCGGUGGCAUGAAGCUUAGUUCCAUAAACAAGAACGAAGACAUCAAAGAACAGCAAGAAUCCGUUGAUGUGAUUACCAUCUGGCGUGACCGGGCUGCGCUGUUCAACUCUGUGGUUCAGACCUCGGGAAAACGUCCAGUUCCUGUCAUUCCGGAGAAUGUUCGGGCCAUUACUGCAAGCGCUGAGCAAGGAGCUACCAAGGCAUCUCACGCUUGCGCACUCUGCGGGUUGAAACGUGAUGAACGAUUACCGAAGGUGGAUGAGGGUGUUGAGGAUAGCUUUGGGGAGUGGUGGACAGACCAUUGGGGGCAUACUGAUUGCAGGGAAUUCUGGCAGAGCAAUUCGAGGUUACUUGGCCAGCGAUAA